AUGUCUGAUCAGGAAAAAAUCAUCGCCUCUGGCGAAACAAAAAAGAGAUCCUCUGCUGAGUCCUUUGAGAAGUCCAUCGAGGACUCGGGCCAUGCUGAAACGACUGUGGUCGGCUUGAAUAUGCUCGAUAGAUGGGCUGCCAAGUUGAACGCCGAAACGAAAGGUAUCGAGUUGAUCACCGACGAAGAGAAGAACGACAGUUCCAUUCUUAAUGCUGCCACCAUGUGGUUGUCUGCCAACUUGGUCAUUGCUACCUUUUCGCUUGGUGCCUUGGGUGUCACUUUGUUUGGCUUGUCGCUUUUCCAGUGUAUCAUGACCAUUUUCUUUUUCAGUUUGUUGGGUGCCAUGCCCGUUGCCUUUUUCUCCGUUUUCGGUUGCAAGUUGGGUCUCAGACAAAUGAUUUUGUCCAAGUUCCUUCUUGGUGACUACGGUAUGAGAGUGUUUGCUGCCAUCAACAUGAUUGCUUGUGUUGGCUGGGGUGCAGUGAACAUUAUGGCUUCGGCCCAGUUGUUGAACAUUAUCAACGGUGGAGCUUGUCCUCCAUGGGCCGGAUGUUUGAUUUUGGUUUUGUGCACCAUCUUGGUCACUUUCUUUGGUUACAACAUCAUCCACGUCUACGAGAAGUGGUCGUGGAUCCCUAACCUCUGUGCUUUCAUCGCCAUCAUUGCCCGUAUGGCCAUGUCGCACACAUUUACUUGGGGAACCACCGUUGGUGGUGAAACUACGGCCGGUAACGUUUUGUCCUUUGGCGGUUCCAUUUUCGGUUUCGCUGCUGGCUGGACCACCUAUGCGUCUGACUACACUGUCUACCAGCCUAGAAACGCCAACCCAUUCCGUAUUUUCUUUGGUAUUUUGGCCGGUUUGAUGUUCCCAUUGAUUUUCACCUUGACUUUGGGUGCUGCCUGUGCUACAGGAACAUUAACCAAUGACAGAUGGCACGAAUUGUACAAGACAAAGUCUGUUGGUGGUUUGGUGUACGCCAUUCUCGUGGAAAAGUCUUUGCACGGCUUUGGUGAGUUCUUGUGUGUUAUCCUUGCUCUUUCCACCGUGGCCAACAACGUUCCUAACAUGUACUCGAUCGGAUUGAGUGCGCAGGCUGCCUGGUCCAAGUUGGCCAAGAUUCCUAGAGUUUGCUGGACCAUUGCUGGUAACUUCGUCACCUUGGCCAUCUGUAUUCCAGCUUACUACAAGUUCGAGGAUGUCAUGGAGAACUUCAUGAACUUGAUUGCCUACUACUUGGCCAUCUACAUCACCAUGGGUCUUUCAGAGCACUUUAUCUGGAGAAAGGGAAACUUUGCCACUUACGACUACGAGAACUUCCACGACAAGAAGAGCUACCCAAUUGGUUUUGGUGGUGUCGCUGGUUUCUGUUUCGGUGUUGUUGGUGUGGUUUUGGGUAUGAACCAGGUGUGGUAUGCUGGUGUCAUUGGUAGAAAGAUUGGUGACUUUGGUGGUGAUAUCGGAUUCGAGCUCGCAGUUGGUUUCUCUUUCGUUGCGUUCAAUGUGGUGAGAUACUUUGAAAAGAAGUACGUCGGCCGUUAA